AUGUCGAUACUGAGCCGACAGGGCCUCAUAUUGGAUACGCUCAAGCAUAAGAUACAGUUGGCCAAGCAUGAUCUGGAUCGCUAUAAGGAGGACUAUAGCCACUGCCAGCAGAGGCUGCAGCGAGAGCUGCAGCGUCGCGGCCAAUUGGAGGAGAGCUACAUGGAGCUGCAGCAGCGCAAUGUGCAGCUGGAGGAUGAGCUGAAGCUGGCGCUGAACCGCGUGGCCAGACACCAGGCGACGGUGAGCGAGACCCGCGGCGCUCUCAACGAAAGCGAUCGGCUGCGCAAGGCGCUGGAGCAGCGCGAUCAGCUGCAGUCGGAGAAGAUCGAGCUGCUCGUCUGGGAGCUGGCCAAGUUGGAGCGUCAGGCGAAGGAGGCCGACCGCACGGCCCAGUACAGCGGCCAGCGAGCCGAGCAGCUCUGCCGGCGCCUGACGAGCAGCGAACAGCAGCUGGAGGAGAGUCGCGCCAGCCAGGCCCUGCUGCAAUCGGAGCUGGACGCAGCGGCCCAGAACUUGCACUGCGUGGAGCGGGCAUUCGAGCAUUCAACGCAGCAGGUGCAAGACUUCGAUCGGCAGGUGACCAAGCUGAAGCAGCAACUGCAGGAGAGUGAACGACGCGCCCACCAGGCUGAGCUCACGGCCGAGCAGCUGCAGCUGACCUCCGAUCAGCUGGAGCGGCGGCUCGAGGAGCGUUUCGAGUAUCGCUUGCGCCAGCGGCUCCACAAGCUGGACCUGCAGCUCGUGGCCAAAGAGAACGCCUAA